UGAAAUACGUGGCUCAAGUGUUUGUUCCACCAGCAGUGGAACAAACCAGCACGUCCACAUUGUCUUUUGAGAAUGAGAAGUCAUUCUGGGGCACCGCUCUUCCCACGCUCCGGGCCCACACACACAGCCCCACUCCAUCAAAGGAGCCUGCUGCCCGCCCACCCACCCGGGCUGCUUUCUGGCUUGCAGUCCUCUUGGCAGACAUGAGGCAACGGUUGCUCCCGUUCUUCACCAGCCUUCUCCUUGUGGCUCUGCUGUUUCCAGGAUUGUCCCAAGCCAGACAUGUUAACCACUCAGCCACCGAGGCUCUCAGAGAACUCCGGGAAGGAGCCACUGGGCAAGGCACAAACGGGUCUCAGCUGCUACGCCACCCAGUGAAACGGGCCCUCAUAAUACGGCGUAUCCCCCAUUACCCAGAAGUUGAAUCAGAUUUAAGAAUUGUCGACUGCAAGAGAAGUGAAGGCUUCUGUCAAGAAUACUGUAAUUAUCUGGAAACGCAAGUAGGCUACUGCUCGAAAAAGAAAGACGCGUGCUGUUUACAUUAAAACCGAUGUCGCUGGUAUAGAAAUAAAGCUCUGCCACUUACCGGUUCUCCUGGGCCGCGUUGUCCAAUCAGGUGCAGGUUUUUUGCGGAAGUGUCUGAGCAGCGGGGAGCGGAGGUAUUGCCACUUGUGCCAGACAGUUCAAAUAUUUUAUUGUGGCAAAAUAAAUGACAAAAAUGCUACCCGUGAUCUUAAAGAAGAUGAUAUAGCUUGACACAAACAGAAUUUUCAAAAUCACACAAUUUGUCAAUUUGUGCUAGUAAAUGUGGAUAUAAUAAACUUUCAUUGG